AUCUCUGUUUUUGUUUUCAUGGCAAGUAUUUCCGAGAUUACUCAUUUUAAUUGUUUUUUUUUUUUUUUAAUUAUUACGGACCGUAAAAGUGAACGUUUUUAAACCGACAAGAGGUAUAAGAAAGCUGUUAACUUGAGCGGAUAGGGUUCCGGUAGAGUUCUAAGUUGUAACCCUAAUCAGAAAUCAGAGAUGCCUCUGUCGGUUGUCCACAUCACUUUCGCUUCUCCUCUUCAACAAUCCAUCGUCUUUCACACUCUCACCCCUUCAACUCUGCUUCCCAAAACCCUCUUCCCUCCCUCCAUUUCCCUAAGAGGAUUCAACACCUCACUAUUUGCCACCAUAAACUCCAACAAGACCAAGACCGCACCCUCACGCGCCUCUUUGAUCGAGACUCCAGUCCUCUGGCUCGGCAGGCUCUGCAUCUUCUACGCCCUCCUCAAGGCUGGACUGGUUGGAUCUCAUGCCAACCUACUUGUCUCAGAUUUGGAAAUCAGUGACGGCAAUGAUUCUGCUGAUUUAGGGUUCUCUAAAUGGACACAGACUAUACUUGGAAAACCAGCAAAGGAAGGAGUUAAUGGAAGAAAAUUUGUGAGCAAAUGGCAUCCUACAACAAAGGGUACACUCAGAAGGAACUAUAGAGUUCCAUCGAAGUUCGAGGGGCGGCGUCUUCUUAAAGCUAUUGCAUCCUUAUUAUCAGAAGACGAUCACUUUGUUGAUGCUACAUCUCACAAGGGUUGUCAAAUCCGGAGGGAAAGUGCUCAUGGAGAAAGCGUUUGCUGCAACAACGUGAGAGCGCUCUUUGAUGAGCUCCCAACUCCUCAUCUCACUGUGGAAAUCACACCUUUUCCCGCUGGACCACUUACAGACACGGAUUACACCAAAGCUGAGAAGCUUGAGAGGGUUCUUAGAUCCAGUCCUUCUGUUUGAGCCAUCUUAUGUUGAGCUUCAUGUAAAUAUUCUUUGCUAGUUUGUAAAUAUUGUCAAUGUCGAAGAGAAAUUUGCUUCAUCAACUCUUUACUUUUUACUUAUUGAGUUGAAUUGCGGUUACACCUUUCAAAAACAUUACUAGUUUAUUCCUUGAUCAAUUAUCUAAUGCCCAACCGCGAUAAGUUUUAAUUUGUUCAAAAUUCUUACAACUCACAAGUCCUUUUGUGUAAAAAA